GUUGUGCGCUCGUUGUUCUAGUCCAAGAAAUGCGCCGUCCACAAGGAAAAGAAAGACCCAGGGGUUAGGCUCGGAUAGGGAAGCUGUUGAAGCUGCAAUAGAAGUACUUGUGGUAGAUGAUGUGAGCUUCAGCUGUGAAAGGAUUCGAAACAUAACAAAAAUCCCAUCACAGCCCUGCGGUGUGCAUGUUAUCUCUGGGCAUUUAUUCGGCUUAUAUGUUUGUUCUGUGAGAAUAAUUGUUGUGUCUCAGUGUACAGUCAGUCUGACAAUCUGCUGAAAAAGUUCUGAUCUGUAGCGGAAGCUCGUCUAUAUCUGCAACCACACUUCAGGCAUCGUCAGAAACCAACGCCUGCCGAUGCAUUGGGAAUCUUCUCAUUAGAGAGUGACAGACACAAUUGAUUUGUGACUCUUUACACACCUUGACAGACAAUGGAGAGCACUCAGUUCCAUAGAGUCCUGGGGAUUCGUCCCUGUCAUGAGUAUUGCCGUGUGGUUUGGACCUUGAUAGCCUAUCCGAAUGUCGACUGAUCAGCCCCACGCUCGAAAUCGCAACACCCACAACACCCACCACACCCCGCGACGAAAUCAAGCCAGCUCGCAUGCCGUGGAUGCGGCCGAGCUAGAUCUCAAUUGCAACCGUGAUCCCAACCAGAACUCUCGUGAGCGCAAACCCUCGUACGUAGGGUUAUCUUGUGCCGUGAGUGGCUACAACAAUUAUAUUCGGUAUUCCUCACCGGAUGGAAGACGACUCACUCCUCCUGCUCAGAUCCCAGUCAGUUCCAACCCACAAACAUUGAAUUCAGUCACGAUGGUUCUUCAUCAAGAUGCCAGUUUGCGUCAGACCAAUGGCCGUUUGGCCGCCAAUGGAACCGAUGUUACCGAUCGAGCCUAUUUCCCCGCGUCGCACACGCGGAAGAUCACUCACAUGGGUGAAACCACGACCAUUGAGACCGUGACCAAGUUCUACACGUCGAAUCCCAGAAAAAACAAUCAUGGACCGCGAGAUGCCUCUCCCAAUGGUUCGGACUCUGGUGCGGAAUCCGGAGGCUCCCUAACCGGUCUCUCCACCCCGAAUAAUAAUGUGAAUAAUAACCACGUGAAUGGUGGAAAUCUGGUUCAGCGACAAAUCGAACGACUCUAUGGCGGCAAGAUCCAGUCGGUGCGUUGCCGCUCAAGUCCCGAGUCAGACACGCCAAGUGGCGACGAGACCAGCGGAGUGACAUCACCCAUCAACGGCGAGAACGACCGCAAGAGUUCGGGAGGCUUUUUCGCCAAACGUUUUGGCGUCUCCAAGCCCAGGAACACGUCGAAUCCCGCGUCCGGGGAACAGCAAUCCUUUCUGGAGGAGAAGGCCAGAAAUGGAUCCAAUCCCCUCGAGUUCAAACCCCUAAAAGUGCCUGCUGUGUUUGCACUCCUCCGUCCCGAGUUCAGGGAGCAGCUUAAGAGUAACAGCUGUCAAAUCCCCACAGAUCAAAUCACUCCCCCGAAGAAGCCUUCCCGUACGUCGACCGAGCGUAUCAUUCCCAUUCAGAGAGUGACCCCUUCCAAGGAGUCCACAACGCCCCGAGUCGUGACUCCGCAGAUCAAGGAGAAAACGUCAGAUCCUGUGGAAUCCUCGCCGACUAAUGGAUCAACUACUCAUUCGUCCAUCGGGAGAGUCAUCCCGAUUCAACGCGUGUCCAAGACCAAUCUGGAGAUUGAUCUGAGCAAAAAGCCGGCUCUUCCUACUAAGCCGCAAUCUUCACCCACACCCACCUCGAGGCCUUCUCUAAUUCAGAACGCUCCUGAGAUGCACAGUCCCACCUUGGUCUCCAAUUGUGUCAAGAACUCGCCUCUGAACUCACCGAUUGUGUCCAAAACCGAAGACGACAUCAAAGAGGACUUUAUCAGCGCUCGAAAGAAUCUUGAACGAGAUAUUCAAGAGGCCGAAAUCGAAGCCGAGAUUGAGGAAGAACCGUCGUGUCCUUCUUUGGACGAGAUCCCCGACUACGAUCACGACCAAUACGAGACCUUAGGUGGGGUAAAGGAACGCUCGUUCCUCGGCACUAUCAUUGAAGAAGACAAUGAGUCCACUGCUUCGGGUAGUCAGCUCAACCUAGCGGCCUCCAGAAAUGGAGGUCAUUCGCAAUCUGUGAUGAAUCAAACUCAUGAUGCACGUCCAAUCGAACCUGAGAUGAACCCUUUGGCUGGCAUCCCUCCCGAGGUCAAGGAUGGACAUUACUUCAUCAAGCUCUUGGAGAACGAAAUUUUCAAGUUUGAGGAGCAAGUUUGCGAAUUCGAAGAAGAUUUGAACAAUCCGUCUCUCUCAGAAGAUAUCCGGGAAAGCCUUUUGGCCGCCAUUGGCAAGGCCAAACUCUUAAUGGCGCAAAAGCUGGCUCAAUUCAAAGGACUCUGUAUCAAGAAUAUUACUGUCAAGAUCGAAGAGGACCCCUUCGUUCCUACUUUGGCCGAUUUGGCGGGAUUCUGGGAUAUGGUCUACAUUCAAGUUGAACACAUUCACGAACUAUUCGCUGAAUUGGCCAUUAUUCGAGAAAAUGGUUGGAAGCGACCCGAGAAUUUGGAAUCAGCCAUCAGUCCUCAUUCAAAUAGAACGACUCCCACUUCCACCAAUGGUACGCCCAAAGCCAAAGUUCGAAAGACACCCACUUCAGGGGGAAAAGCUAAGAAGUCGACUCAACAAUCGGAGGCGGCCAAGGCCCGGGAUGAAGCCCGGAAGAAGAUGUUGGAAGAGCGCAAAAAGCAGAUGAAGGCCAAGCAGAUGCAAAACCAAGAUGGGAAUCCAAAGAAUGGCGAGCUUUUCGUCCAAUUUUGAAAUCACUUAACGGGAUGUUCUGGACGCUUUUUGAAAGCACGUGUAACCGGCUAGAAGACAAAUAUUUUUGUAUACAUUACGUACCCAGGAAGCUGUUAAUCCUAUGCAACUUGAAAGCUGACCCCGCUACCCAUUAUCAAGAGAUACCAUAGAUAAUAUUUAAAGUAACUAACGGGGGACCAACGCACCAUUUGACUCCUACUCCCUCCCUCAGCCCACACCCACGCCCACCUUGUCUCUAACUCCUCUCUAGCUUACACUGUUUUGUUCCAAUGCACCAAGUCGUGCUUUGAAUAUGGCACAGAAAGCUUCCAGCUUCAAAUUUGUUCGUUACAUCUAUGAAUGAUAAUAAAUGAUAAAGGUCUGCUA